GAGAGCCUGAUAUAAGCGGCAUUGGAAGUCCAUCUCUCCUUCACCUGUUCUCUCAUAUUGAAUUUAUUAAGCAGCAGAUGGCCAGGGACAGCAUACAGUUUGUCAGAUUUGAAUCAGUAGACCUCCAUGGUGUGUCAAGAUCAAAGAAUGUUCCUUCUCGGUUUUUUCACGAGAAAGCAAUUCAUGGUGUUGCCAUGCCCAGGAGUUAUCUCGAGCUGACCCUGAAUCCUAAAGAUAAUGAAUUAGAUUACAUAAAUGCAACCAAUUUUAAUUGUGACAUAAUCCUCAACCCUGAUUUAUCAACGUUUCGAAUUCUGCCCUGGACUGAGCAGACUGCCAGAGUGAUAUGUGAUUCCUUCACUGUGCUGGGCAACCCGCUAAUGACCUCGCCGAGGCAUAUCGCCAAGAAACAGCUGAGCCAGCUUCAGGACAAUGGCUUUUCUCUACACUCUGCCUUCACUUAUGAGUUUUGUAUUUAUGGCAUUACUGAGGUUGUAAAUUCGAAGACAAUAUCCUUUCCUGCAGCCACGAUACUAAAUAACCACGACCAGACUUUCAUUCAGGAGCUCAUUGAAGGAAUGUAUUAUGCUGGUGCCAACAUUGAAAGCUUUUCUUCUUCCAGUGGGCCUGGGCAAAUGGAGAUCACUUUUCAUCCAGCGUUUGGCAUAGAUGCUGCUGACAGCGCCUUUACAUUUAGAACAGGCAUUAAAGAGGUGGCUAAGAAGUAUAACUACGUGGCUAGCUUUUUCUCAGAAUCAGGAUUCUACAAUUCAGGGGCUCUGUCACAUAGCCUGUGGGAUUUGAAUGGCCAGAAGAAUUUGUUUUCUGCUGGUUAUGGAAUUGAGGAGCUCUCAGAUAUUGGAAAAAAUUGGUUAUCGGGUCUCUUGGCACACACAGCAGCUAUCAGCUGCUUGAUGGCUCCUACCACCAGCUGCCGUAAGCCUUAUUCUAAAUACAGUAAAGAAUCAAAAGAGACUGUAAAUGCAAAAUGGGCAUAUAAUGAUAACAGCUGUGCCUUUAAUGUAAAAUGUCAUGGUGGGAAAGGCACUCUCAUAGAGAAUAAAUUAAGUUCUGCUACAGCAAACCCCUACCUGGUGCUUGCUGCUACUAUUGCUGCAGGUCUAGAUGGAGUAAAGCGAGGACUUAGGUAUGAUGACAUGCUCCAGGAUGAAAAUCACACUGCUGAUCUGAAACAUUCGUCAGUCCCUCUGAAACUGGAAGAUGCUCUUGUUGCACUCGAGAAAGAUUUGUGCAUUAAGGAAGCAUUAGGCGAAACUUUUAUCCGAUAUUUUGUUGCCAUGAAACAUUAUGAGUUAGAAACUGAAGAAAUGGAUAGCGAAAGGAAUAAAUGCCUGGGGUAUUUUAUUUAGAAGGAGCUCUCUUCUGUAGUGAUGCUGUGUAAGUGCAUACAGUGAAUGGCUAAGAAUCUUGAAAUUAGGAUAUAUAUUUUAAAAUGUU